AUGGAACGUCAAGGAUUGAAUCAGCCACCUUUGCUCGCUAGCAUGGAUUUUGCUCAAUGGAAACUCCAAAUGAGAUCGUUUAUAUAUGGCAUUGACUUCCAUGCAUGGAGAAGUGUCGAACGUGGAUGGAAUCCUCCAAUGAAAGAGGUUGAUUCAAAAGCUCCUGAAGGAUCGGCUAUGCAAGAAUUAAAAGAUGAAGAUGAGUGGACUGACAAGGAAAUCAAAGCUAGUGAAGGAAACCACAAAGCUUUAAAUGCUCUUUACGCAUCAAUGAGCAGAGAUGAAAAGAAAAGAGUUCAGAAUUGCGUUACCGCCAAACAGGUUUGGGAUAAACUUUGUGUUUUAAAUGAAGGUAAUGAUAUUGUAAAAGAACAAAGAUUACAACAAUAUUAUUCUGAAAUUGAUGCCUUGAAAAUGAGAGAUGAUGAAACUAUUGAUGAUUUUUAUAGUCGUUUUACUGAUCUCUCUAGUUUAUGUGAAAGCCUUGGAAGACCAUUACAAGAAUCCGAUAUUGUAAGGAAAAUAUUACGAUCUCUUCCAAAGUCAUACAGGAUGAAGAAGACAACAAUCCAGGAGCAAUAUAAUCUAAACGAAUAUUCUGUGGACUUGUUGAUUGGAAAUCUAAAGGCUUGGGAGAUGGAGCUGGAUGAGGAUGAAAGACCAAAAGGUAAGAAUUCAAAAAAUAUUGCCUUAAAAGUUACUGAACCCUCAAAAUCAAAGUCUGAGGAUUCUGAACACAAUGAAAUAUUACUGUUGACUAAAGAGUUUAAGAAAUUUUUGAAUCAGAAAAAUAAUAGGAACAAACAAAAUAAUCUUAAUUCUAGGAGAAGUUUUAAUAAUAAAAAUUUUGAAAAACGUAGUGAAAAUUUCUCUCAAAGAAAGUAUGAGUAUGGAAGUAGUAGUAACAACAAUAAGAAAUGUUAUACUUGUGGUGGCAUUGGCCACAUUGCUACUGAUUGUGGGAAUAAAAAGACUGAUUCAGGUAACAAGGCUUACAAGACAUCUUGGAGUGAUGAUGAUGAUAGCUCCACAAAAAGGGACAAAACAUUUGCUCUUGUAUCUUCUUUCUCGUUAGAUUAUGCAGGUUCUGAAAAUGAGGAUCAAGAAGAAGAUGAAGACAACAGCUAUGAAGAUAAUGAGAUGUUUGAAUAUCAAGCAAGAGUUAUAAAAGCUGCAGAGAAAAUUUCUGAAAAAAAUCUUCUAUUAAAACAACAAGUAGAGAUGCUGGAAAACGAAAAAGUGAAAUGGGAAGAGGAGAAACUGCACAUGCGGACGAAAAAUGACUAUGGUGGUCAAGUGAUUGAACGAAAGCAUCUGUUAGCCAAAAUUCAAAUGCUACAAAGUGAGGUAACAGAAAAGAAUAAUUUAAUUGACUUAUUAAACUCUAAACUUGGCAAGUUGCAGGUUUUGCUUGAUGGAACGAAUACCAAGGUUGAAAAGUUUCAACAUAGUUCGAAAUCACUAUCUGAUAUUCUGAGUACAGGAAAAAGCUACAACGAUCGAACUGGACUUGGAUAUACUGGUAAGAGUAGCUCAACUAAAAAUCCGAAUUUUUACACUAACUUUGUCCGUGAACAAUCAGGUUCAAAGGAAUGUGAGAAAUACAUUAAAGAACAUGUAGAAUCGGAAAAACUUCAGACCUCAUUCAAAUCAAAUAUUGUAAACUCGAAUGAUAGGUAUGAGGAAGAUAUACAAGAUAUUCGAAGUAAGUUGAAAGAACAUAGUCAGCUUUUACUUGAUAUUUCUCGUUUUGUUGGCUUGUCUAAAUCUUAUAAAGAAUCUAAACAGGACGCAGAUAUGGUUAGGAGACCUUCAGAUUAUGAAUCGAAUGAUAUUAAGGCUACAUGUAAUGUUGCUAUUACUGCAUUAUCUGCUAGACAAGAGGACACUUGGUAUAUUGAUAGUGGGUGUUCUAGACACAUGUGUGGUAACAAACAUUGGUUUUCUGACUUAGAAGAAUCAGGUGUGACAGGUGCUGUUACUUUUGGAGACGGGAAGAAAGCAAAAAUUAGAGGAAAAGGCUCAAUCAGAUCUCAGGAUCUUAACUGCUUAAAUAAUGUUCUUUAUGUUGAAGGUUUAUCAAAUAACCUUAUUAGUGUUAGUCAAUUAGCUGAUGAGUAUGAAGAUGUCUGGUUUAACAAACGCCGUUGUGUGGUCUUUGACAAAGAUGGUACAGUUGUGAUGGGAGGGGUUAGAUCAGGAGAUAAUUGUUAUCAUGUUGCAUCUAAUUUAAAAUCUGACAACUCGGAAUCGUGUUUCAGGACUAGCUCAGUUGAGGAAACCAUGGAGCUUUGGCAUAAGCGUCUUGGUCAUCUAAACUGUCAAGAUUUGCUUAGACUAUCUAGUCAAAAAUUAGUAAGAGGCUUACCUACAUUAAGUGGUCGUACUGAUGUUAUUUGUGGAGGAUGUAAAACAGGUAAACAAACUCGUGCAAAUCAUAAAGUUGUGAAUGCUUCCUCAUCAUCUCAACCUUUGGAGUUGUUACAUAUGGAUUUAAUGGGACCUUCUGCUACUGUAAGUAUGGCUGGUAAGGAAUAUAUUUUUGUUGUUGUUGAUGACUAUUCUCGAUUUACCUGGGUUGAUUUUCUAAAGGAUAAAAGUGAGACAUUUGAUUCUUUCGAAAAAUUGAGUAAACAACUUACAGUGGAAAAACAACAAGCUAAUCUUCAAAUCGCUAGAAUUAGAUCUGACAAUGGAACUGAAUUUAAAAAUUCCAGAUUUUUUAAAUAUUGUCGAGAUUACGGUGUGCUUCAUGAGUUUUCAGCUCCCAUAACUCCUCAACAGAAUGGAAUAGCUGAACGUAAAAACAGAUCCCUAUUAGACAUGGCAAGGGUAAUGUUGCAUUCAACAGGUUUAAGUGAGAAUUUUUGGGCUGAAGCUGUAAAUACUGCAUGCUACGUUGGGAAUCGAGUUCUUCUUCGUUCAGGUACAAAGAACACUCCUUAUGAAUUAUGGAAAGGUAAGAAACCUGAUGUAAGUUACUUUCAUGUUUUUGGAAAUCCUUGUUAUAUUCUAAAAGACCGUGAACAUCUAGCAAAAUUUGCUCCAAGAUCAGACUCAGGUAUUUUUCUUGGCUAUUCUCUAAACAGUCGUGCUUAUAGAGUGUAUAAUAAAGAAACUCGAACUGUCAUGGAUUCCAUUAAUGUUUCUGUUGAUGAUAAUUUUAAUGAGUCCAAUUUAUCUGAAGAAAAUCUAACGAGUUCAAAAGAUGAGAAUGUACACUCACAGGAAGCAGUCACAGAAGUGGAUCAAAAUCUACAACCUGUAGUAAAAUAUCGAACCGGAUUCAAGCAGGUUAGAAAAGAUCAUUCAUUCAAUGAUAUCAUUGGAGAUACUGGUGAAGGCAUGCGUACAAGAAGGAAGACGGUUGAGGUUACUUCAACCACAAAAGACGACUCUGAAUGCUCCAACACAGAAAUUGUGGACAUCAAUAAAGCUCUAGUAAGUUUUGUCAAAGAAAGAGUUAAAGAAACUAACAAAUUAAAAUGUUUUGGAUUUGUUUCUUUGAUAGAACCUAAAAAUAUCAAGGAGGCUUUGUUAGAUGAUGAUUGGAUCAAUGCAAUGCAAGAGGAACUAAAUCAAUUUGAAAAGAAUGAGGUAUGGAUUCUUGUUCCUCGUCCUGAGAACACUAAUGUUGUUGGUACUAAGUGGAUUUUCAGGAAUAAAAUGGAUGAACAUGGCACAAUCACAAGAAAUAAAGCAAGAUUAGUUGCUCAAGGAUAUUCACAGGUCGAAGGUCUGGACUUUGAUGAAACUUUUGCCCCGGUGGCUCGACUUGAAUCCAUCAGACUUUUGUUAGCCAUUGCUUGUCAACGUAAGUUUAAGUUAUUUCAAAUGGAUGUAAAAACUGCUUUUUUAAAUGGUGAAGUACAGGAGGAAGUGUUUGUUGAACAACCUCCGGGAUUCAAAGAUAUUCAUCAUCCUGAUUACGUUUGGAAACUUAAAAAGGCUGUUUAUGGUCUUAAACAGGCUCCUCGUGCCUGGUAUGAUAAACUCUCUACUUAUCUUGUUUCUCAAGGUUAUUUCCGAGGCACUGUAGACAAAACUCUAUUUGUUAAGCAUGUUGAAAGUCAUCUCAUGGUUGCACAAGUUUAUGUUGAUGAUAUUGUUUUUGGCUCUACUUCUAAUGUUUUAGUAAAAGAAUUCACUAGAAUCAUGACCAAUGAGUUUGAGAUGAGUAUGUGUGGUGAACUUACUUACUUUUUGGGUCUACAAAUUAAACAAAAUCAUAAUGGCAUUUUUCUAUCCCAAUCAAAAUAUGCUGAAAACCUCAUUAAGAAAUUUGGUAUGACUGAGAAGAAAUCUGUUAGUACACCUAUGAGUACCACCAUAAAGUUAUGUCAUGAUCUUGAUGGUAAGUCUGUUGACCAAACUAAAUAUCGUAGUAUGAUUGGUAGUUUGCUUUACCUUACUGCUAGUCGUCCUGAUAUAUCUUACAGUGUAGGUGUUUGUGCCAGGUUUCAGGCCAAUCCAAAAGAGUCACAUUUGGAAGCUGUUAAACGAAUUAUUCGCUAUAUUUCUGGAAGUAUAACAUGUGGUGUAUUUUAUACGUAUGACACUAAUGCUGAAAUUGCAGGUUAUUCUGAUGCAGAUUGGGGAGAAGCUGAAUAUGUUGCCGCAGGGAGUUGUUGUACUCAAAUGCUUUGGAUGAAGAAUAUGCUUAAGGAUUAUGGUAUUCCACAGGAGGAAUGGACUGGUUUGGUCUCCCCGGAGGAUAUGAUUUCUUUAGGCCAGGCUAGCUCUCCUCUCCAGGGAUUGACUAACUACUCGAUACCUGUUGGAAUGGGCUGGCUUGUAUCCUCAUUGCACAUCACAUCUUACUAUUGGCUAAUGGUCAUGUGUAUUACUCGAGGAUGCAUGUUUGUGAGAUUGAUAAAGUGUAUUGUCUUCCUCAAUAAGAAUGUCCAGCUCAGUGAGAGUAUGGUCUACGAUGUUCUAGUUCCAAAGUUUGGUCUGCUUCGUGGUGUUCUGUGGUUUCCCAUUCCCUCUAAGCACUGUUUGAAAAUCAUGAACGUUGAUUAUAUGAAGCAUAUCAAGUAUUUUCCUUAUGAGAUUCUUGCCGUGUGCUUGAGUUAUGUGUUUGACUUUUUCUUGGACUUUCUCUUCAUGGUUUUGUCCAAUUCAUCUCAUCCUUUAUGGAAUGAAAAUCUCUCUCUUAUUUUAUUACCUUUGUUGGCUGCCACAGAUUGCAAGAGACGUAUUGGUGCGGAUAUCAUCAUGAGUGGAGCAAGACGUAACCAGCGAGUCUCUGCAGUGGCCAGAGAUGCUGCUGAGCUUCGUCAACAACCAGAGGACGCUACCUACCAUGCGGCAGCUGCUCGUCCAGUGACCCUUGCUGAGAUCAACCAUGCUUUUGGCCGGAUCGGCGUGCAGUUCCAGACGCAGAUCAACCGUGUGCAGCUACUGCAUGAAACUGGACAUGACAAUGUCACAAGGCAUCUCCAUUGGAUUGAGGCAGCAAUACAACUACUCAUUGAUCUCGGGUCGGAAACACAGUCCAUGAUGCGAACUUCUCCUCCUCACCACAUGAUUGAUGUUCAUCCUUAUCAGAAUGGUGGUCUUAGAAGGAGUGCUCGUCGAGGCGGUCGAGGACGUCGAGGUGGCCGUGGUGGCUGA